AUGGAGUCUACUUCCGUCUCGCCUGACCCGUCUACCCUUCUCACUCGUCUGCGCACGACUUUGCGAGAAGCCCUGCCAUUUUGUAACGGCACUCUCCAAGUCGCGAAUGACAAUCUGGAACUUUACUACGGGAAAAGAAACCAUCGAUACCUCCACUUCGCAGAGUCACAGACUCCCCAGGGGCAGGCCGACCUGCAAGAGCUCGAAGAGACGUGCGACGCGGCCACGUUUGGUAGGAACCAAGAGACCGUCUUGGAUGAGACGUACCGUAAAGCAGGGAAGAUGGAUGUUGAGAACUUUGUGAUGCGAUUCGACGCUGAGCGCUCUGGCCUCAUCGACGUCGUUCGUGCAGGCCUGCUGACCGGCUCGCGCGAGAAGAAGGGGAUUGAUGUCGAGCUGUAUAAGUUGAACGUCUACGGCAAAGACGCGUUCUUCAAGCCCCACGUAGACACGCCGCACUCCCAGAAGAUGUUCGGCUCCCUCGUGAUCGUCUUCCCCACCCCACAUGAAGGCGGCGAGCUCAUCUUGCGCCACGAGAGCAAGGAGUGGGCGUUCGAUGCCGCGCAACUCCUCUCUGGCAUCUAUGACCGCAUUGCGUACAUCGCAUUCUUCAGCGACGUCGAGCACGAGGUCCGUCCUGUGCUUGCCGGGCAUCGCGUGACGAUCACCUACAACCUCUUCUUCGCCGACGACCCGCCUGUUCGUCCACCGCCCCCGGGAUCCCUGUCCAUCUUACGCCCCGUUCAUGCGAACGUCGCACCUAUCAAGGACGACUUGAGCGCGUUCCUUGCGCAAGUCGCUCCGGGAAGCACGCUCGGGUUUGGGCUGCGCCAUGUCUACGCGCUGCCCGUCUCGUGGGACGACCGUAGCGACGACCCCCUCCACAUCUUGAAGCGGGCUCUCAAGGGGAGCGACGCUGCGCUGUUCCACGCGUGCGAGGAGCUAGGCUUGCAGCCCAAGCUGCGUCUCGCCACGAAGACCAGGCGCGGCCCGAUCCUGCUAAGUUAUAUGCAGGAGUUUGACUACGUAAGCAUGCACGACGACGACGAAGGCUUCCCGGAGUCCCUGGAGGGUACUUUCUACCGGGACACAAAAUUCCCCUUCGCUGACGAGGAGAGCGAAGAUGAGGCCAAAGACGACGAUGGCGGCGCGCAUAGCGAUGAGUCAGAGGAAGAGGACGACGACGCGGACAACCCUCGGGAGCGAAUUUCCGUGCAUUGGGUCACUCGGAAGAAUAGAGUGAACCGCACGUCUCAACCGUACGCCUUCCACUUUGGCAAUGGUGCUUCCGUGGGUUUCCUUUACUUCUCCGUGUGCCUCAUCGCCAACGUCGGCAACCCGGAAGAAGACGACUCGGAUGAAGAGGAAGACGAUGAAGAGGCUGAGGAAGAAGGUGAUGACAACGACUCCCAUGGAGAAUGGCGUGGGGUGUGA